AUGGGCGAUACUUUUCACGAGGUGAAGAGCAAACGAGACAAGAAGAAAGAGACCAAAGAUCCAGCAGACUCAUGGACACGUAGCAUCCCGAAUCGCGGAGCUAGAAACAGCGGUAACGACGGUUACAACACCUCACGAGGUGGCGGAAACAGAUUUAACUCCAAUGAUGCGGGAAGUGUUCAAAGUGUAGCUGCAAACAGAAGAGAGAACGGAACACGUCAUAAUCACUGGACUGGCUCUUCUUCAACACCUGGUGUCCUCGGACGCCAACCUCCAUCAAACAGUAUUGAUCAUAAUGCAAACGCUGAAGUCAAGAAAGCACCACCAACGGCUCCAAGCGAUGCAGCGGUUACUUCGUCUUCUGUGCCGUCUCCUGUGUAUCAAUCCGCUUGGGCCAAUGCAAACCCGGGACAGAGAACCAUGGCUGAUAUUGUGAAAAUGGGCAGGCCUCUCCAUCAGAAGAACGUCGCUGCGCCUCGUCCAUCAGAGGCUCAUCAAGAGAGUGGAAGCAAAGCCGCCCCUGUGAAGGAUGAAUGGCCUUCCAUCGAGAAGCAAGAUGUCUCUCAUCCUUCAUCGUCUCUCUUGAAACCAUCUGCUGAAUCUAAACCAUCCGCUGAGCAGUUCAGCGAGCCGCAGCAUGUUAAUGAGACUCGUUCUAAUGACGAGGUCCCCGAAACCAAAGAAACUCCAAUCGCCUCACCUCCUGAUGCAGAUUCAGUAUCCACCAGAAAUCUUCUUGAUGAUGAUUCUGGAGACGCUGACGAAGAAAACAACAAAGUGGAGGGACAUGCUUUUGAGGAAAACGGAGCCGAAGAUGUUUCUACAGGUUUACAGCAACUUACUGUAGAGAACGAUGAAGAGCAGGAACCAUUACCUAAAGAAGACAAACCUGUACUGAUAAUCCCAAACCACCUGCAAGUCCAUGCACGGGAAUGCUCUCACCUAAUGUUUGGUAGCUUUGGCCAACAAGCUAGUGGCGUGAAUGAGAACCUUGAGGAACCACUAGAAGCAGCGCAGGACGAUUCGUCGUUCAGACACACCGACGCUGACUACUACGGUGGAGAUGAGGAAGAGGAACAGCUCAGGAACGCUGCUACCGAUGAACAAUCAUCCUACCAAAUCGAUUCGACUGCCCGGAACUACCAUGCUUCCUCGGAAUCUGAGACAGAAGCGGCGCAACAUGAACCUCCUCAACAGGAAGAUCAUCAGCAGUACAAGUUUUCAUCUUCUGCAGAUUAUGGAUAUGAAAACAGCCAACAGAUGAAUCCCCCUCCAUCAGACACAAAUCCUCAGAUGCAGAAUCUCGAUACCUUCCCCAACGCAAUGCAGCAAGGAUAUACAAGUUCAUUACCAAACAACCUGUUACCAUCAGGCAUUCAAGAUGCAAGAGAAGCCGAUCUUCACUACUCGCCUUUCCAAACAAGAUACAGCACUGCCACUCCCUCUUCACUUAGCGAUCCAGCAAUAUCCAUGGCAGAGGCACUAAGAGCUGCGAGCAUCUCUCCUCAAAACGCAAUGCCCGGUGCAGGACAACAACAACAAGCAGCAGCUCUUGCUCAACACCUUGCCUUAAACCCAUACUCUCACCAGCCUGGGAUGCCUCUAGGGCAUUAUGGUAAUAUGAUAAGCUACCCAUUCAUGCCACAGAGCUACAACCCUUACAUGCCUUCGGGAUUCCAACAAGCGUAUCCCACUGGUAGCCACCAGUCUUUAGCUGCUAUGAUUCCUCAGUUUAAAACUCAGGCCACCGCUCCGCCUGUUCCGCCUCCCUCUGCCUACGGCUUUGGCGGUGGCGCACCGUCGAGUAACAACUUCCCUUUGAAUCCUACCUCCGCUGCAAACUCAUACGAAGACGUCUUGAACUCACAGUUUAAGGACAGCAAUCACUUGGCGGCGUUAUCACUUCAGCAGCAGAACGAGAACUCAGCAGCAUGGCAUCAAGGACAACAACCAAACUCUCGUGUGGUUCCAGGAAGCGGAUAUUACAGCUUCCCUGGUCAUCAGAAUCAGCAGCCUCCUGGUUUCCGUCAAGCACAACAACUGCAGCAGCAGCCAUCUCAACAGCAGCAGCAGCAGCAGCAGCAGCAGCAGUUUGGAGGACAUGGCUACGUGAGUCCUUACCAUUCACAAGCUGCAAUGUCAUUAGAGCAUCUCCAUCACCAGCACCAACAGCAGCAAAACGCUAGAGACGCGUCUAGACAGAAUCAACAACAGCUAUGGCCGAACAACUACUGAUCAGAAAAGCAAUCAAUCAAAUCCUGCUCUCCCUCCAUACCUUGCUGUUUCUUUCCCCUUGCUUUCCAUCUCUUGCGCCUGAGAAGCGAUGGAGAAUGGUUCCGAGGUGUGAAAAUGUGUUUGUGUGUGUUUGUGGUUGGUUCUGGGGUAAGGUCUUAUGAGGGGUUUUGGGAGAGACCUUCAAUGGCUGGCUUGUUUACUUGCUAACUUUCCUGUAUUACUAAAAAACUCUGUUUUCUUACAAUUUUACUCAAUUCAGUCUUUUUGACUCUUUGACAUUCUGUAUUAGAUUUAGA